CUCGCUCCAAGCACACCACCCACCCAGCGCAAGAGGUCCAGGCCGUGCUGUUCUCCUGGCCCACAGAUCCCAGACCGGACCACACAUCCGACCCCCCUCGGAAAGAGGGCGAGAUCCCCGCCGCUCCGUUUUGUUUCAAUGCCCGGGGAACCCUGUCUACAAAAAUGACAGCUCGAGCCCUCUGGCUUCUCUGUUUGAUCGUCGGAUGGUCCCCCGAAGCCCCGGUGGCGGAGAGAAAAGCCCCGCCGCCGCCGCCGCCGCCGCCGCCGCCCCACCGAAAGCCCGACGCCCGGGAGACGCCGGGGCCGCGCGCGCAGCCGCUGCCCGAGUUCGCGCGCCGCCCGCGCGCCGCCUACGCGGGACCCCGCGCCUGGCUCGAUCCCAGGCGCCGGAAGGCCGCGCCGCCGGCCGACAACCGCGCCGGCUUCCGGGAGGCGGCGCGCGCGCCCGCGGGGCUUCCGGGUCCGCGCCUCGCGCAGGCGGAGAACCGCGCGUCCCCGCCCGAGGACUCCCCGCGGCGCGCGCGCUCUCGGGCCCCGCGGCCCGCGGGCACGCGCGCCGCCGGCCCCGCCCACCCGAACCGGCCGCGCGCCGCUGGCCCCGCGCAGCCCUCGGGAAGCCCGCGGGCGCCGCCGCCCGAGGACAGCGAGCUGGAAGCCGGGCCCUGCGCGCGCACCUGCAGCGCGGACGCGGGCGAGCGCGAGGCCUACUGUGCCAGCGAGUUCGCAGCCGUGAACGGAAUCGUGCACGACGUGGACGUGUUGGGCGCAGGCAUGCGCCUGGUGACUCUACUGGUGGACCCCGACGGGCUGUACAAGAUGAGUCGCCUGUACAUCACCCCCGACGGCUUUUUUUUCCGCGUGCACAUACUAGCCCUGGACUCCUCCAGUUGCCAUAAGCCGUGCCCAGAAUUUAAACCCGGAAGCAGGUAUAUUGUGAUGGGCCACAUCUACCAUAAGAGAAGGCAGCUCCCCAGUGCCUUGCUCCAGGUCCUAAGAGGGCGCCUGCGUCCAGGAGACGGGCUGAUCCGGGGCAGCAGCAGCUAUGUGAAGAGGUUUAACCGAAAGCGGGAGUGGCAAGUUCGAGGUGCCACGCACGCCCAGUGCCUUUGAACAGGUCAUCUUGGCACUUGUGGUCGGUCUUCAUAUGGCGGGAGGCUUCUGUGAGACUAGGCCCACAGCCAGCUACCUUAUGGACUACGUGUGUGGCUUAACUCUAACGCUGUCACUUCAUCUACAAAAUGCUGACAGGUGUGCUCCGGGGCACAGUGGUAAAGUCCCUCAAGGGCAGUAAUGCACACAACCCAAACACUAGACCCCAGCAGUCAACAGAUCACACCACUUUUGCUGUUUUUAAGUUAUUUUAAUUUAAUACAUUUUCCCCAGUGGAGACAGUUCACAAAACAUUUCUCGAAUUUAAAUAUACAACUUUGAAUAGUAUCUAUCAUGUGUCAAGCCAGAUUUUGUAUUUAAAGCAUCGAGUUUUAAAUUCCACACAAGAGAGUAAGCAUCCUAGCCAUUUACAUAUGAAACGUCAUAUAGAUCAAACAAACACCAGCCAAGUUCGAAACCUAUUACAGUUCAAGGGCUAAUUCAAGCAAAACAUCCUUCAAGGUGUGUUCCUGAUACCAAAAUACAAGCUCCUGUGUACUGCCAUGCCUCCUUGCUCCCAAUAACCUGUUUUGUGCCAAACUGGCAUCGAUUCCAGCAUGUUUUCUGGUGCAUCUGAUGUCAUUCUUACGUUAAGACCCAGUCGAAUCAUGAUUGUGUUUGUAAAGCAGUAAAUCUCGACAUGAAAUCAGAA